GACUAGUAAAAAGUUCAAAACCAUAGCAAUUAAGUUUUACUCGUAUAGCGUCAUUCCAUCAUCAUUCAUGCAUAAAUGUAUACGUAUAUGGAAUAUCUUCAGAAAUGCUUUUACAAAUCCACCAAUUGGAACGAAGAUAACAUCUUCUCCAAUAUAACAGCCACUUCUCAGGCUCUACUUGAGUUCCCCUUGCCCAAUGGUAUAAAAGUCGACACAUCUUCAAAAUCAACCGAAUAUCUGGCAUCGUCGUUCACAUUAUCCAACUUUCACACCAUAAAUGGGUCCCUUGCAUAUUUAUACUCGUCAAUUCCAUUGUCCAAUACCAUGGGCACCAAAGAAAUCUCCCUUCAAGACGCAAUCGCCGGCUUCAGAAUCAUCGAGCCGUCAGUCAGGAAUUCUAUCAUUAAAAGCAAGACAGCCGCCGCCACAGCUAAAAGUUCCUUGCUCUAUGGAAGAAUGUAUUUCCCUGGUUCCGCAUUAGAAGCUAUGAUUAUAAAACGAAUAACUCCGUAUACUCAACUUCUCAUAAAGACUAUAAGUAGUCCACAUCUAGACAAGAAUGGAACUAUGAUUAUUUACUUGCAGAAUAACACUCCAAAAUACCUGAGAGAGUUCAUAUAUUCGACCAACGAGUCCUUGCUUGGAUUUAGAUGUUUAUAUAAUUUUGGGGCAUCCCAGAACUUAAGUCAGGCUCUCAUACCCAAGUUUGACAACUCAGUGGUCUCAGUAGGCACCGAGAUAUGGUAUGCUGCAAGAACCAUGAGUCCAGGCAUGUCUACUGCAUUUAGAUAUUCCACCAGAUCCACAUCAACAGGGAAACCUUUAACCAUGACCUUGGCCAUAAAUCCAAUAAUUGGUCAUAUAUCCUCAACAUAUACCGUGAAAACAUCAGUGGCAUCAACAUUCUGUUCCAAAUAUGACUUUAAUUUAUAUUCAUAUGCCAGCAACCUUUCAUUAGGAUUUGAAUUGUACAGCUAUGGCAAGUCAAACAACUUCCCUACAUUCAAGAAUCACGAGGUCAAUAUGUCCUCACAAGAAAAUAGUUACUUACGAAAACAUGCAAGAAAUCAGCGACCUAAAGAAGUACCACUAGGCUACAAACACCAUAAUGGUGUCAUUAUUAAUCCAAUAGAGAAUCAAGACAAUGUGUUUCAUAUCAAUCCCACAUUACUACCAAACAGUCCUAAUUCCAGUGAAAAAUUCAGAAAUAAAACACAGAUACAACACAAGAAUGAAACUGUAACAGCUGCAUUCCAGAAUCUUGUCAAUGAAAGUGAUUUUUCAAGUGUAUUAAAGUUUUCCACAAGUUUAAAUGACAGAAUGGUUAAAUUACUUUGGGAAGGUAGAGUUAAAGAUUUCCUUGUAAGUACAGGUGUAAAGGUUGCAUUAAAUCCAACCACAAACAUUCCUGAGUUCAACAAACUAGGAAUAUCCUUCUCAUAUGCAUGUUAAGAGUACUUCUGUAGAUUUAUAGAAAUUGUUAGAUCUGUAUUACUUAUUGAAUUAUUUGU